AUGACGUUACGGAUCCGAGUCCUAGGGCCAACCUGGCUAAAGCGGAACGGUAAAACUGCGGCUAUAGGUUACAAGGGCUGGCAACCUGAAACCGCGAAAACAGUUGCCAAAAAACCGAUAAAUCAAAAAAAUGGGCAGGAUUCAAAGAAACUGGAAAACGGACCGGAUGGACAACGAUUUAAGUCUAACGGAAGGGUCAAACCCACAAAUAAUGCACAGCCCACAGAAGAAGCAGAAGAAGAUCUGGAAGAAUUUUUCGAAGAAGCAGAAAGGGCUAUGAAUAAAAAAUCAACAUACACGAUUGUACAAGGGGACUUCAAUGCCAAAGUGGGAUGUAGAAUCAAUCAAAAUGAAAGAUACAUUGACUAUGAAGACCUAGUAAAGAAAAUAAAUGAAGCAGCUAAAGAAGCAAGUGAAAAAGCCCCAUCAAGAAGAACAAUGAGGAUACAAAAUCACACAAAACAAUUAAUGGCAGAUAGAGCCCGCAGGAUUAUCGAAGGAAAAACAAACGAAGAAGAAUACAAAUCACUGUGUAAAGAAAUACGACGAUGCAUCAAAGCUGAUUGUGAAGCAUAUCGCACUGAAAGAUUAAGGAAGGUAGUGGAAGCACAUAAAAGCGUGAAAAAAGCAGAAAGAGAUGUAGCACUGAAAAGAAAAAUGCCAAAUGCGUUGAAAGAUAACUCUGGAAGAACGACAUCAGUGAGAUCAGAAAUAAAAGAAAUAUGUGAAAAAUUCUACAAUGAUCUAUAUUCUUCAAAAAUACAGAUAACAGAGAAGAAAUCGCGAGCUCAAGAAGAAGAAAUACCAACAGUAAUGAAAGAGGAAGUUAAAAAUGCAUUGAGCAAGAUGAAAACAGAUAAGAGUCCAGGAAAUGAUAAAAUAAAAGCAGAAUACUUGAAAAUGGGUGGAGAGAACCUCCAUAAAGCGCUUGCAGAAAGAUUUACGAAAUAUCUACAAAACACCGAAAUUCCAAAGAUUUGGUUGACAUCAGAAACGGUACUUAUAAGAAAGAAAGGUGACCCAGAAGAUCUAGCGAACUAUCGCCCUAUUACCUUGUUAUCACAA